AUGGAGAGGUACCAUUAAAGAUUAAAGUCCAAAUUAGUUCUAGCUUUUGUCUUUUGCAACAGCAUAAAAAGAAGAGUUGAAGACAACAAGCAUGUAAAAUGAUAUUCAGCCUUUGAAUGUGCAAAUAUAGAAAUGUGUGCAUGUAAAUCAUCAAGAGCCAAAACACAAGUUGCAUUAUUGCAACAUGCCAAUCGAUCAAAAAGUGAUGGAGAAAGAAAUAUUCUGUUAUCUUUGCAAUCCUGCAAAGAUUCUCAAGGAAUUUGUUCUCUUUACUUUUGUAAAGGAUUUUUCUUCAGUAUACUAUAAGAAGAAUAAAACUAAAACUACCAUACAACAAAAUAGCAAGUUUUACUUUCAUACUCUUAAAUAAAGUUUCUUAUACAACCUUAAUUCUAUGAUGGCUGGUCUUAGACAAAUUGAAGUACUUUUAGAAGAUCGAACACCACAUAAAUGGAUCGUUCCCCUUACAGAGGACGAAUUCCAAGCCUUCCUAUCAAGAGGAAAUCAAGCAAUACGUAAAGUUUUUGGUGAUGGUUCAUUCUUCAGUCCUAUGUUGUUUGGCAAGUUUUUUGAUCCAUCUGAUGCUUUUCCUCUGUGGGAGUUUGAGGCUGAUGUUUUGUUAUCGAAUUUACGAGCUUCUGGCCUUAAUCAAGUUGAUUGGAAUCAGAAUGAUAAAGAGUAUGUACUGAAAGCAGAAUUACCAGGAACAGGAGAAGAAUCUUCUGUACAGGUAUGUGUGGAAAAAGGAAAGAUUCUUGAGAUUAGUGGGCAGUGGAAGCAACACACUGAUCUUAAGGCGAGGGAUUGGAGAAGUCAUCAUUGGUGGGAAAUUGGAUUUGUUCGAAGGAUCGAAUUACCAGAAAAUGCAGAUUGGAAGAAGACUGAGGAUAAUGCACAGAAGUAAGAGGAAGAGUGUAGAUUCAAGGUAAAAAAGAAGUAUGGUACUGACUUAAUUAAAUUGCUUCUUUCUACAAAUGGUUGUAAGAAGUAAAUUAAUUGUAAGGAAUAGGAAUUUCUGAAAGAAUCAUCUUAGAAUCAGAAGCAGAAGAUUAUCUCCAUUAACGACUUGAUUGGCAGGCACUAAUUUUUUUGGUUAUAGUUAUAAGGAACUUUGUGAAAAAAAUCACGUAUUGAUGUCCAUGGUAAUACUUGUCCAUCCUCGAAUACCUCUUUUUCUUCCCAAAUCUUAAUUGUCACCCGUUACCACUUAGAGGUGGUUUCGAUUGAUAAUGAAAAUCUAUGAAGAAAAAUACGUGUUUGCGAAUGAUGUACAUAAGUAUUACACUAUUACGUCCUGUUAGAUUGCCGCAAGUUCAAUAGAUAGAAAGGUUAGAUCAAGCUAGUUAAUCUAGAUUUCAUAUUGUUUUUGACAGAUUUUGCAACAUAUAGAGCACUCUGAGUACUGUUUUGUAAUGUAUCUCAACAAUUGCAGCUAUCCAACAAUGUAUUAACUGUAACAAUGAAGCAUCCGAAUAAAUGUUUUGAGUGACAUCCUAUAAGAGAUUCA